UCUCCUUUCUUUUUCUCUUCUCUGAGACACAAAGCUCUACCUCCUUUCGACUUUCUUCUCCGGCGAUAUUCGGAAUCCCGGCGCCGUAUAUUGUACGGAGUUGAGAUUGAGAAAAUAUGGGAGCCGAAGGAGAUGGCGGCGGAUCAGGAUCGAAGCGGCGGGGCUGUUCGUGCACGAAAGACGAUUUUCUGCCAGAGGAGUCCUUCCAGAGCUGGGGGAAUUACGGGCGUGCGCUGAGAGAGACCGGGAUGCGCCUCCGAGAUCGGCUUGUGACGAGAUCGUUGGAAACGACGGAGCUUACGGAGGUGAGGGCACGAAGCGGACACGAGAUGAAGAAAAACCUUUCGUGGUGGGAUCUCAUCUGGUUCGGAAUCGGAGCUGUUAUCGGAGCAGGGAUCUUCGUUCUCACAGGACAAGAGGCUAAGGAAGCCGCUGGACCAGCGGUGGUCCUCUCAUUUAUUGUGUCAGGCGUUUCCGCCAUGCUCUCCGUCUUCUGCUACACUGAAUUUGCCGUCGAGAUUCCCGUAGCAGGGGGAUCAUUCGCUUACCUACGGGUGGAGCUGGGCGACUUCAUGGCUUUCAUCGCCGCCGGCAACAUCCUCCUCGAAUAUGUCAUCGGCGGCGCCGCCGUAGCCCUAGCCCGUUCAUGGACCUCUUACUUUGCCACAUUGCUCAACCACCACCCCAACGACUUCCGCAUCCACGCCACAUCCCUCUCCGCCGACUACUCCCGCCUCGACCCCAUCGCAUGUCUCGUAAUCGCCAUCAUCUGCAUCUUCGCCAUCAUCUCCACUAAAGGAACCUCCCGCUUCAACUACAUCGCCUCCAUCGUCCACCUCGCCAUCAUCCUCUUCAUCAUCAUCGCCGGCCUCACCAAGGCCAACAUCCACAACCUCACCCCUUUCACUCCGCUCGGCACCCGCGGCAUCUUCUCCGCCUCCGCCGUCCUCUUCUUCGCUUACGUCGGCUUCGAUGCAGUCUCCACCAUGGCAGAAGAAACUAAGAAUCCUGCCAAGGAUAUACCCAUCGGACUCGUCGGCGCUAUGUCGAUCACCACAGCGUGUUACUGCCUGCUUGCUCUGGUGCUUUGUUUGAUGCAGCCCUACACCGAAAUUGAUACUGAUGCCCCCUUCUCGGUGGCGUUCUCCACCGUGGGCAUGGACUGGGCUAAGUAUAUUGUAGCCUUCGGUGCGCUCAAGGGCAUGACCACCGUCCUCCUCGUCUCCGCCGUGGGUCAAGCUAGAUACCUAACGCACAUCGCUCGCACCCACAUGGUGCCUCCAUGGCUCGCCAACGUCCACCCACGCACCGGAACGCCCAUCAACGCCACCGUCGUCAUGCUCGUUGCCACCGCAGUCAUCGCCUUCUUCACCAACCUCAACAUCCUCUCCAACCUCCUCUCCAUCUCCACCCUCUUCAUCUUCAUGCUCGUCGCCGUCGCCCUUCUCGUCCGCCGCUACUACGUCUCCGGCGAGACCACCCCCGCCAACCGCAACAAGCUCAUCGCCUGCCUCUUCCUCAUACUCUCCUCAUCGGUCGCCACGGCUCUCUACUGGGCGUUGAGCGCUAAAGGUUGGGUUGGUUACUUUGUCACAAUGCCGGUGUGGUUUUUAUCCACUCUGGCCUUGCAGGUGACGGUGCCGGAGGCGAGGAAGCCGAAGUUGUGGGGAGUGCCGCUGGUGCCGUGGCUGCCGUCGGCGUCCAUUGCCAUAAACAUAUUUCUGUUGGGAUCCAUUGAUGGACUUUCGUUCGCGAGGUUUGGGGUCUGGACUGUGCUUCUGUUGAUCUAUUAUCUGUUUAUGGGGCUGCACGCUUCGUAUGACACUGCGAAGGCGUCGGAGAGGAGCAAGGAGGUGGCGAAGUUGGAAGAGGGGAAAGGUGUUGAGGCUACGGAGAUUCACCCGACGGGGGAAUGAUGGGUGACUGUAUUUGUGGGUUGGUAAGUAUAAUUAUUUAUCAAAUGCAUUAAGUAGUUCUUUAUAUAUAUUUUUAUUUCAAUUUAUAGAAAUGAAAAAAAAAAAUUGUACAGUGAGAAAGUUUGAUUGUGGUGUGUUCUGAUUUAGGUUUGGUAUACUCUUUAAGUGAUGUUUUUGUUGUGUUGGGUCAAAAAUGUCUUCAUG